UUCUGUUUACAUCAGCUGGGGAGACGGGAGCGAGCACGUUUCCGUCUGUUCGAGUCACGAGCCCUCUGAGCCGGUCCGUCCCGACGUGCACACGCGCGCGCGCGCUCGUCUGUUGCCGUGUUGUUGUGGUUGUUGUUGUUGUUGUUUUCCUCCCGGUGAAACAUGUCUCCGGCCGCCCGCUUCCCCGCGCAGCUCGCCUCCAUCAUGGAGGCUCUGGCCAACGCCGCCGUGGCGGAGAUCUGCGCGCUGGUGGACGGCGGCUACGCGGCGCUGCAGCUCGAGAUCUCCCGCAGCCGCCGAGAGAACGAGGCGCUGCGCAGGAAGCUGCGGGCCGCGCGGGCCCCGGGACCCGGGCACAGGCCCCCUGGAGCCGGGCCCAGGAGACGCGGGGCCCCGGGAGGCGAGGUGAGGCGCGCCACGCCGUCCCACCAGGAGACUCCGCGGUGCUCAGACUCUGGACAAGAAGCCCCAGCAGGGACGAAAGAGACGACCACGCUGGUGGACGCAGUCAUCAAGGUGGAGGACGACGAGCAGGACGAGUUUUGCCGGGUGGUUGACGAGCAGGAGGCGGAGACACAAGCCCCGUCCCAGCUGACCAAACAGGAAGUAGCGGACGAAGGCGUCGGUUCGUCUCGGCCCUGGACGAGUGGGGACGUUGGUUCCGAUUCUGCGUCCCCCCAAACAAACAGCGGCUAUGACUGCAUGCUGUUCGAGCCGCUCGUUACCCAGAAUGCUUUGAGUGAGGAUCCCGGCUACGCCUACCCUCUCAACGCCGGCGCCAGCGUUUCCGCUGCGUCCGAUUCGGCCCGCGGCGCCGGCUUGACCUUCACCGUCACCGAAGUGGUGAGUCUGGCGGCGGCGGAGCACCGGCAGCCCGCCGGUCUCCACGGCAACCAGCCGGGGGCGCCGCCACCGGCGACGGACCCUCGGCUUCCUGCGGGGAGGGAGCCGGCGGUGCGGCUCCACGCUCGAGACCGGCGGGACAGGUGGAGGCCGCAGGACGCCGGCGGGAAGACCUUCAGCUGCAGCUUCUGCGGGAAGACUCUGGCCUGCCUGAAGAACCUGAAGACCCACAUGAGGGUCCACACGGGCGAGAAGCCCUUCGUCUGCGCGCUCUGCGGGAAGCGCUUCGCCGACUCCAGCAACCUGAAGCGCCACCAGAGCGUCCACACGGGCGAGAAGCGCUACGGCUGCGUCCACUGCGGGAAGCGCUUCGCCCAGUCGGGGUCCCUGAAGGUGCACAUGACCGUGCACACGGACUGCAAGCAGUUCAGGUGCACCUACUGCGGCAAGACCUUCAUCUCCGGGAGCCACCUGCGGCGCCACGUCACCAUGCACAGCGGCGAGAGGCGAUACGCGCCGGCGUUUCAGUGACGGGGGGGCGACUCAUCGGCGUUUUAGUGAAUAAUUACACGUCGUUUAGCUUCUAUCCAAAGACACCUGGUUUACAUUUAGGACGAGUGUCCUCAGGGACACUUUGACGUGGGACAUGGAGACAUUAAGACUUUAUUCACGUUGGACCUCCAGGAGACACGAGAAGACGAUAUGAACGUGGAGCUUCAAGAGCUUCAAGAGCUUCCUCAUUGUAGUUUCUGCUGUGUUCACAGAUACUGACGCAGUACAUACACUCACCGGCCACUUUAUUAGGUACCCCAUGCUAGUAACGGGUUCUCUGUAAACCCUAGAGAUGGUUGUGCGUGAAAAUCCCAGUAGAUUAGCAGUUUCUGAAAUACUCAGACCAGCCCUUCUGGCACCAACAAUCAUGCCACGUUCAAAGUCACUCAAAUCACCUUUCUUCCCCAUACUGAUGCUCGGUUUGAACUGCAGGAGAUUGUCUUGACAAUGUCUACAUGCCUAAAUGCACUGAGUUGCCGCCAUGUGAUUGGCUGCUUAGAAAUUAAGUGUUAAAGAGCAGUUGGACAGGUGUACCUAAUAAAGUGGCCGGUGAGUGUAUAUACAUGUACAUAUAUGUAUAUAUAUAUAUAUACAUAUGGAUGUAUAUAUGUGGGCGGAGUCUAAAAAGUUGAGCUGAAAUCCUCGACCCGUUUGGUUUUCUUAAUAAAAUGUGCAUGUUUGAAAUAAUUUGUCUUCCAUCAGCUGUUUGAGUGUAAACAGGAAGCAGUUCGCCAUGUUUACAUUUUAAGAUGCAUUGACUGUUUUUUGUUUAUUUAUUGUCAUUUUUUAAUAAAAGGAUAAUUGUUGAUUCUUUAUCUGUGAGCAGCUAUCGUUUCCGUGUUUUUAUGUCGUCUAUACUUU